AUGAAAGCCUCUAGUCUUGCCUGUGGUCUUCUCUCUGCGGCACUGUACCUCUUCUGGACUCCUUCAUCCGGGCUCAAGACUCUCCAUUUGGGAAGCUGUGUGAUUGUCACAAACCUCCAAGAGAUACAAAGAGAAUUUUCUGAGAUUCGGGACCGUGUGCAAGCCAAUGAUAAAAACACUGACUUCAGAAUCUUAAGGAGCACUGGAUCUUUGCAAGACACAGAGCCUUCGGGUCGCUGUUGCCUCCUCCGCCAUUUACUGAGACUCUAUCUGGACAGAGUGUUCAAAAACUACCAGACCUCUGAUCACCACACACUCCGGAAGAUCAGCAGUCUAGCAAAUUCCUUUCUUACUAUCAAAAAGGACCUUCAGCUCUGUCAAGUCUACAUGUCGUGCCAUUGUGGAGCAGAAGCAGCAGAGAAGUACAGGCAGAUUCUGAGUCACUUUGAACAGCUCGAGCCCCAGACAGCAGCAGUGAAGGUUUUGGGGGAACUAGAUAUUCUUUUGCGAUGGAUGGAGGAGACAGAAUAA